GACCGUGUAACGUUAGUUAGCAUAAACAGCUAGCGCAGCUGUGUGUGUUAUCUUGUACAGAUUUAGGAAACCACCAAGAAAAAUUCAUCUAACAACAUUUCACAUCUAAGACCGCAGAGAACUCCACUUUAGGUUUCAUAUCCUGUAGGUCAUAUUUCAUCUGGUGCAGUAACACUGUAACACUACUGGCAGUCCUGUGACCCAAGAAAAUAAUGUGCUGCAGCUGAAGAUGGGUGGUAGCGGCUCCAAAUCCAAAGGAUUUUGGCCUUUUUCUGGCUCAGGUAGUACGGACGAUCCAACCAAAGAUGGAAACGAGCAGUCAAUGGCAAGAGUUCGAAGUUUCGCAAGUGCAACACCUUUUGUGUUUACUAGACGAAGCUCUAUGUUCUUUGAUGAAGAUGGCGACUUGGCCCACGAGUUCUAUGAAGAGACAAUUGUGACAAAAAAUGGACGUAAAAAAGCCAAGCUGAAGAGGAUUCAAAAAAACCUAACACCUCAGGGAAUUAUAAAGCUGGACAUCCCUUGCAUCCAUGUAGAUUUCCCAGUUGUCCUCUGUGAAGCCUGAUGACACCUGAGCAGCGUCUCAGACAAGCCACUGUGUCAACUCCGUCCUGUGGUUUCCCCUACAGCUGGAAGCCUGAACCACCUUUUAAAAUAACGUGAUCUCUUGAUAUAUUUGAUGCCCUAAUGUGGACAGGCUGAUGCAAUGUGUGCUGAGCCUCUGCAUGUGAUCUGUUUUGGCUUGUGUGCAGUUAGACACAGAAUAGGUCACCAAUGGAGAUCUAGGAGGGUGCCAAGAUGGCACAAAACCUACUCAGUUUACAGAUCAUGGUUUGUGUGCAUGUAAGCGUGAAUGUGUGCGCAGACACGGGAUGAAAUGUGACCAGAAUUUAUUGCUGCAGAUUGUUUUCUGAUAUGAUUGAUUGAACUCUAGGAGUUUGAGGAGAAUGUAAGCGGUUCUUCCCUCUGUCACGGUCAUAUCUACAGCGGUAAAGUUUUAAGUGCACACUUUGUUUUUUUUUUGUUUAUUGACACCAUCAUGACUUGCUUUAUUGUGCAUGGAACAGGAUCUGCUUAUCGGUAAUAGCCUAAGGAGUUGACAAUCAGUGGCCGACAAAAUCUAAAGUGGAUUGAUGUCGUAUGUUGGAUGGACUGGCUUCAGUGACCUCAGACCCACACAUGUACACAGCAGCAGUGAGUCUAAUAAGAGAUCCUGUUGUUUUAUUUGCUGCUUUGGCAUAACAUGUUUCACUUUUAAUU